UCAAUAAAACCAAAACGUUGCUUGUGAUUGUCAGUACAAAGAGAGGAGAAGGAGGGAGUGUGUGCACAGGUGAAAUGAGAGAGAGAGAGAGAGAGCACCAAGUGGGAGUGAGCAGGUAAUGAAGAGAGCUGAAAUGCCAAGAGCAACUAUAAAUAGUCCCAUAAGUACAGUACCAGCUGUACUAUAUUGCCCAGCAGCUGCAGCCCACUUUCAUUGCAGUGCUUCCCAACUAAUUAUCUUUAAAACACUGUUCAUACUUUACUCCUGAAAGGUUUUUUCAUGUUACAUUUUCGUUCUGCUUUGUUCAUGAUGACUCUGUGUCUUGUGGAAAAAAUUACAGUCCUUGGUUGGCACCUUCUUGGGCCUUCACCACAUUUUAAAUUACCCUUAGACGUGUCUUUUCAUGGCAAAUUGUAAAUGAUUGUUUACAAUGCUUUCACCCUUGUGACGAUUUUGUUAAGGAGAAUGCAAAAGUAACUUAUUAAUUAAUGUUAAUAUCGGUCUGCACUGCCAGCCAAUCCGAACCUCUCAUUUCUGGGGUUGUCAAAUUUUCUGCACACAAACAUGCAAACUGGAACAUUUAAAAUGUGAAAAUUGCCUUUUAUGUGCAGUUGCAUAAGUGUUUCUAGUUAGUUAUGCCUUUUAUUUGCAGUCUCUAAGGGUCAAAUCCUAUAAUAACCCUUGUCUGUAUGUUAACUUGAAUUUUAGCUCCAAAAUAUUUCCUGUAUGGAUUUUAAAUGAGUAUAUAUUAUAGACCUUAUUUAAAAUAUUUCAAUAAGCACUUAUGAUAAUAUGGACGUUUUAAAACCCCAGAUUUUUUUGCUAGAUUUAUUAAACGUAUACUUUUCGGUGAAAGCUGAUACCAGCGAAAAUCCUGAUAUGGGUUUGUCUGUACUCAGUAUAUUAGUUUUAAGAAUCUAGUUGCUUUAUUUUAAAUGUGGAUAUUUUACAAUGUCGUGCCUCAUUAAACUUUGAAGGAAUUGCCUCUGCAUUCGUACUUUUAAUCGCAAACCGUAGUCUGACACAUAAAGGCUUUUUUAUGCACGGUUUUGCCAUGUAACCAUGUAUUUUAUAUUAGUCCUAUGUUCCUUCGAAAUUGCGCUUGAUGUCAUCGCAACAAUGCAAAAAAACUAUGUAGCUAGAAGAACUGUUUUGUAAAUGUAUCAGUUGUCUAUGGAUGUAUUUAUACAAAAUGUGUCCAUGAUACAUUAUUGUGUUUUCAAGGGUCAGACUAUUUUCUUUGUUCUGAGUAUUUUGACAUUAAAAUACAAUAGCUGUAUAUGCUUCUUUUCGCUUUGCUCGACAUGAAUGCUGAAGGCCGCCAAGCUCGCCGGAUCUGAGAGGCGCGGCCCCGUGACGCACCCGCGCCUCGGCCAGCCCUCUCCGGACGACGCUUCGGUGGAUGCUACGAUUUUCGGUGGAAAAGCAAACUUGAAACGCUAAGGAUUACACAGUUGCAUUGUGGGCUUUUUUUGAACGUUGCAAGUAUAUACAAAAUGUAACGCCAGAAUAAAUAUGUCUACCUUCCAGUGGAGAACCUCUUCGGAUUUGUCUCUUUAGAUGUCAUUUUUCCCAGGACCCGAUAGCUAUGGUCCUGGUAUGACGUGUCCAAACUAAACCCCCGUACUGCUCUCAGUUAGUUUUACUCUCUCAGCUCCUGCCUCCUACAUGGCACACAUGGACACUUCCUCAAAGUUGUCCGGGGAGACCAUCAUAGUGCACCAUAUCCCGCUGGUGCACUGCCAAAUCCCUGGACGCCAAUGCUGCGGCCCGGUCAAACAUCCCAACCCCUUCUGUCCACCUGACAACCUGGGACUGACACGCACCACCUCUCUACCUGAGCGGGAUAUCCUCCACCAAGAGGCGCUGGUCUACAGCAGCCUGAUCCAGACCUCCAGCAGUGGGAGCUCCACCGAAUCAGCAGGCAGGACAGGGGACCUGGGAAGCAACUCCUGCGAGGCUUCUCCCCAGCCACCUGUGUCUUGCAGGUCAAGAUACAAGGGUAACCCCCUACGCCGCAAUCCCUUCCUCCUUCAUGCAGAUGAGGAUGAAGAAGAGGAUGAUGCGUAUGGGGAUGAGGAUGGGGAUAACCUGAAUGGCUACCUGGAGGAUUCCUCUUUUCACUUGCAUGGGAAUUCCGACGGCACUGCCCCAGGCAUAUCCUCUUUCCGGCUGCAUGAUGUAGAAUGCAGUCCAGAUCCCAUCCAAAGUUCAGCCCUCGUGGAAGGUCUCGUGCUUUCCAAGCUUGGUAGAGAGCAGCGCCAUGGGAGCAGCAGCUCUCCUCUGUCUAUGGACUGUGGUGAACAGGACUGGGCUGAGGAUGAGGACGAGAAGGAUGAAGAUCUUCACAUGAUUAAUGGACAGGGCAGCCUGGCCUGCAGCUGCUGCUCCUCCCCAGAUGUUGACCUGCCACCCACCCACCGCUACUGCUACAACCUCUCCAAGCUGCUUCCCGAGAGCCAGCUGGCCUACAGCCAGGACUCGUCCUGUCAAAGCUGGGAGGGACCCUUCGUGAACUUUAGUGCCAUCUACGACAAUACAAGUAACGUAGCCCCUGCCAAACCACUGAACCUCAACAUGGCCACCACCCAGUCCGUCAGUUCCUCCAGUUCGGAUUCAGGAGGCGCCUUCUACCUUGACCUGCACGCCUCGCCCACCGAGUCGCGGCACGACAGAAACAGCUGCAAGCCACAUGCUGACAUAAAUGCUCUGUACUGCUGCAAAGCCUCACAGGCUCUGGAUGCCAACUGCAACACCUAUCCCAUCUGCCUGUCAUCAUCAGAGACAGCAGACCUGAGCUCCUGUGCCCAGAGCCCAGUCAGGCUUGGGGGAGCCACGCAGAACUACUAUAAGCUGGUGACCUGCGACCUGUCCUCCCAGUCCUCCCCGAGUCCGGCCGGCUCCUCAGCCACUAGCUGCUCUGAGGGACAGGGCAGCCCAAACCAGCCCACCGAGUACUUCCUCUUCAGGCAACCUGCUGGAGAAAUGGAAACCGAGGAGGAGGAGGAGGAGAAAGAGGAGGACAUGUUAAGGCACCAAAUCUCAGUGAUGACCAGUGAAGCAGAGAUGGAGGAGAUGAACUGUGGGCAAGGAGAUCCUGAAACUUCUGUGAGCCUGGAGGGGCAACUGUAUGUGAACGUCUCCCCUCUGAUUGGCAGUCACAGGCAAUGCGGCGCGGAAGCCGCCGGAAGGCCCCGUUCCCGCAGCUAUGAUCGCUGCCUAGAUGCAUCACCCUCCCUGGAGCGCAUGCUGAGCUGCCCCAUGCGCCUUAGCGAGGGAAGCCCCCACUGCCCCCCCCGCGUCACCUCCUUUGCAGAGAUUGCCCGUAGCAAGAAACGGGGUGCAGUGAACAACAGGGACAUCUCAUCUAGCCGCUCUCACUCCGCUCUGGAGUUCCCUCCUGUCCUGGAACUCAAGCAGUCAGCCAAGGAGCAUGGCCUGCAGUCGCAGCUCCUCACACGCUGCUACAGCCAAGGCAGCUGCUAUGCGGCGACGCUGUUCCACCCACAUUCCCAGCUAGAUGCUUUGCCCAGUGCGGAAUCCUGUGAACCACACACCAGCGCUGAAGUCGGCUCGUCCCCAUCAUCCGAUGGUUCUCCUUCAGUGGUACGAUACGGCAAGGACAAGCGGCCCAACACCCUUCCCAUCCAGCCCUUCAUGUUCCAGCAUCAGGUGGGCAAGUCCCAGAGCCAAUUUCUGCGGCCACUGCUGAGCGAGUACCUCAGCCAGAUGCAGAACCGAGCCAGAGGAAAGCUGACCGUCCAAGGGGCCGAGGAGCCCAUGGAGGGCCCCCCGAGGAGGCAGGUCAUGGCCCCAGGCUCCGUCCGGCCCUCCCCACUUGGAAGUUACUCCCCAGUCCGCCAGCAUGAGAUUCCCAGCUUGGAGACCUGCUCCACUUGCAGCCUGAACCCAGAGUGUGACCUGGGAAGCUCAAACGCCCCACACAGCCUCUCUUUCCCAGGGACUGCUGACCCUCUGCCCCUCUUGGCCACCCCCUGGUGCUCCUUGCAGUUGAGCCAGGCUCAAGGGCAGAGCCUUGUUGAAGGACGGCCUCCCGCCACCACAGUUUCCCCUCCCUUGAAGAACACUUCGUCAUCUCCGCUACUGCCUGUGGCUUCAGUUAGCCGCAUCCAACGGACCUCCCCGGCUACCAUACCCAAUCCCCUGGAACCCACCCCCAGUUAUGGCAGCAGCCAACGGAUGAAAGCCUCUGUUGCUGACUGCUCAGGACCCACACUAUCUAAAAUGCACCGCUUCUCCCCACAGGCUCUGAAGUGGCGCGAAUACCGGCGUCUGAACCCGCUGGGGGUGGAGAAAGAUUCUGAACUUCCGGCCGAUGGCUGUCUCAGAGGAAAAAUGAGCGGGGGAAUUCUAGCUUGGCGUCAGCCUCUCAAGCUGCUGCCACACCAACACAGCGAGUCCUUACCUGACUAUGUCUCCGAGAGGCCGCCGGACGAAUUCUGCCUGUCGCCUGAUGGGACGUCCGAGUCUCUGUCCAUUGACCUGCUGCAGAAGAAGGAUCUGGUGAAAGCUCUGAACAUGGCAGUGGAUUUCAUAGUGACUUAUUUCGGUACAAGCCGGGACGCUGGAGUGAAGGCAAAAUUGGGAAACAGUUCCGUCAGCCCCAAUAUCGGACACCUGAUUCUGAAGUACCUGUGUCCUGCCAUUAGGGAUGUCCUGCAAGAUGGACUGCGAGGUUACGUCCUGGAUUUAAUCAUCGGGCAGCGGCGGAAUGUGCCCUGGAGCGUAGUAGAGUCCUCUGCGCAGCUAGGGCCCUCCACACGUGUCAUUCAUGGUCUGUUCUCCAAGGUGAGCCAGUACUCUGAGCUGACCAAUCACAGCAUGAGGCUAAAUGCCUUCAUCUUUGGCUUGCUCAACUUACAAUCACUGGAAUUUUGGUUCAAUCAUCUCUUCACUCAUGAGGACAUCAUCGCAAUGCACUACCACCCCUGGGGCUUCUUACCACUAUCGCAAGGCAUCUGCCAGCCCCUGGUCCAGGAGCUACUUCUGCUUCUGCAGCCACUGUCCCUGCUGCCCUUUGAACUGGACCUUCUGUUUGAGCCUCAACUUCGGCAGAAGGGUCAAGACCAUAUCCGGCACAAAGAGCAGUUAUGUUCUACUGGCCUGGGGCUGGAGUGGUCUGCACGCUCCACCUUCCAGUUAAUGAAGGGCUGGGGUAAAGCUGGAGUGGAGACCAAGAGAGAGAAAACAGAGGCCAGAAGAGAAGAGCAGGGGGUAGAAAAAGAAGUGAUGGAGUUGAACCAGAAGGGUCCAUCGCUCAAUAUUGGUGGCAUUGAGCAAAAAAAAUACGGAACUGAACAACAGAGAGGGAGGAAUUUUGAGACCCAGAAAGAGGGAAUGGAGUCAGGUAUUAUAAAGCCAGUAAGAGAAGGAGGUUGGAGGUUGGCACAAAAUGAGACGGACUACUUAAACAAAUGUUGUGGAGACAGGAGGGCAGAAGAAGGGAAGGCAUUGCGGAAAGUGAAAGGUUUUGAGGUAGAGGCUAGGUCUGAGCUACCUGCAGAGGGGCAGAAGGACAAGAAGAUGAACGUGGACAGACAGAGAGACAGGCAAGCAGGCUGGUGGUACCAGCUGAUGCAGAGCUCUCAGGUCUAUAUUGAAAACUCUACAGAAGGGUCAAAAUUUGUGAAAUGGGAAAAGAGGAAGAAGCGAAGCGGAACUGGGGAGGCAGAGUCGGGGCAUGAACAGAGCCAGCACCCCCCCAGAGAGGGCGUGGUAGAAGGGGCCGAGGCCAGUAAUAGGGACCUGAGCAGUGAAAGCAGCUGUAGAGUGAAUGACAUCCAUGGCAAAGGGAGGCCUUUCGGGGCUGGCAACAUUCCGGAAUCAGGACUGAAUGAGCAUAGGAAGACUACAGAGAAAGAGCCCCCACCUCAGGCAUGCAUGACUGUGGCUCCUGGGGGGGGACAGGAAAGCAUGAUGUGGUGGAGCAGGCUCUUUGGGUCAGGGGCGAGGAACCCUGCACCAACAGACAAGGAAGAUCAAGGCCUCAUCAAAUCUCAGAAAAACAGGCUGCCGUCAGGAUGGCUCAGUCUGGACAAAUCAGUGCUAGACUUUGUGGCUCAGGCAGUGGGAGUGGGAAAGCGUCCAGACGCCGCUGUUCCUCCUCAGGGCCCUGGCCUGACUGCAGCGCAGCAAUGCAGUAAUGCAGUAACAGAGACCAGCCAGCAGCCAGCGCCAUGGAAGGUCCGGGCCCUGUGUCACCACCUUGCCACCGAGCCGGGACACCUGAGUUUCAAAAAGGGAGACCUGCUGCAGGUGCUGAGCCGCGCUGACCCCGACUGGCUGCGCUGUGUCCUGGGCAACAGCGUGGGCCUCGUCCCUAUCAUCUAUGUCACCCUGACGGAGGACUCGCAGGAGUCCCGGUAAACUCCUCAGCAUCUCUGCUGAGGAGAGCAGACUUGGGGGUGGGUGAUGGACACUAAAUACCAUGAUGUGAUUUAAAAACAUUACAGUGCUAUCAACUUUAUAGACAGGGAUGGACAUGACUAGUGCACAAGUACGCUUUAGUGGCGUAAAACAAGUACACAUUUGUGCUACUAUGACAAGAAAUUACCGUUCAUUUGAACCUUAAUAUUGCAAAUGGAUACUGCACCAGUAAUGUAAAUCCCUGUAUAUAAAUAUAUUUACAGUCUGGAGCUGUUGUUGAACUAAAUCUAAGCCUAAAAUCCUAGAGUCACUAGGGAAUCUACAGUAUUCUGACAGGCAUAAACUUACUCACCUAUAAACUUGUCACUUAUCAAAGAUGUUGGUGCCACACAAAGACAGUUGGUACAAGUCACCUUCUGUUUAGUUCUGGGUCUAUGCUGCUGCAGUGAAGGAACUGAGUGUAAGAAAAGAUGAGAAAGGGAUUAUAAAACACAGUAUUGCCCUGCUGCUUAGUAUGAGAAGUACAGGCUAAACAGACAGGGGAUCUUGGAAGCUUCUUGUCAUGAUUUGGCAUUCAAACUGCCAUAAAGCCAGUUUCUGAAGCACAUUUCUUAAGUGACGCAUAAGACCCACCACUUCUUCUAAGAACAAACUAAGACUAAACUACCAGUUUAUUCAACGCUUGUCUGUAAGACACUUGUAUUAUUGUCUCUGUGGAAUCUCACAUUUUCCAUGGAUCUGCUGAUUAAGAAUAACAAUGAAGACUAUGAAUAUGAGGCAAUUAUUAGAUAUUUAUUUUAAGUAUGUGUUAAUUAGCAGCAUUUAUCGUAUAUAUAGUAAUUUUAGAGUCCAAAUUGCAACGUUUUUCUUGUUGAAUCAUUCAUCUCUCAGAUGGGCUUUUAAAGCUGUUUACAGGGUAGCUAUUUAUUAAUUUAUUUAUUCCAAUUUCAUUUUUGAUAAGAAAUGUUUGGGUAAAUCAGAGAACAUGAAUCACACAGUUACUAGUCUUUGCCAGAGAUUCGAGAAACACAGUGAUUCAUAAAACUGAAUUACUUCAAAAGAAAUACUUUUUCCACACUGGUUUCCCAUUUUUACCAUUUUUUUUACAGAUGCAACUACAUCCUUAAAGAAGAACUUUCAAAUACACAUUUUUACAAUUGGCACGGUUAUGGAUAAAUCCAGUUAGAAUGUGGUCUACUGUAUAUUAAAGACACUCUUCAUACUGUACAUGCCUUGGAAUUGCAACAGCUUCCAAAUAGCUGCAUUUUUGGGUAUGGAAAGUAGGAAUAUGUCCAGUAUUCUUAUACUGUAAUAUCCUUACCAAUAUUGUGGGAGACCUGUGUGUGUUUAGGGGGGUGUGGAUUAGGGGCUGAUUUGCUUCCUACCAAUGUUGAAACCAAACAUACCCCCUUGAUUUUUCCACACCUUACAGUAUAGUCGUGUCUUUUCUCUGGUAUGAAAAUAAGUGUCUUAUUAUGCCUAUAGUGAAUAGACAAAGGCAUUUCCUCUGCAUAACAAUCGUGACAUGCUUAUAUGGGACACUGUGGCUCAGAGUCUAAACUCUAAUGCCUCAGCUUUAAUCCUGGCCUAAACCAGCCAGGAGUGAUCAUUCCUGAAAAGGAAAAGGCACCAAUAUCAUGUGCAUGUACCUCACCAAGCAGUCGAUGUUUUGUUCCCUCUCCCUGUGGCACUUAAUUUCAGGGGCUGCCUAUCCCUAGGGCAAGGGAUGAAAAUGCAAUAAAAAAAACAUGAGAAUAGGGCUUAUAUUUUUAAUUAUUUAUGGCAUCAGUUAACCUCUGUCCUGUUUUCUUCUGAGGGUAAUCUGUCGUCUUUCUGUUGAAGUCUAUGUUUGUGCGACCUGUGAAAUGAUGGUUGGAUGUUAAUCCUUGGGCAAGUAAAGGGCAAAGGGUAAGAUGUACAACAGCAGCGUGUUUCUCAGCUCAUAAACCAGCAUUUAACAUCUGCGACGAUGCAUUGUUCAUGCCCGAAAAUCUCCACCUGUGCAUGAACUAAACGAGAACGUUAAAUAGCGUAGUUUGUGGUGCCAAAUUUUAGUGGGUUUUUUGUAGAUCUGGAUUCCUGAACACGGACAUGGGAAGUGGCCUUAACGAUGAGAUAUAUCUCUGCUGGCAGUGCCAACAGGUUUUCAGUCAUAUCUUUGCAUGGAGAUUCAUGGCAGUCCCCAUUCAAUUAGAGACAAUUUAUUGCCAUUAUUUUAGACCAGGGGUGGAAUUGAAAUGCGUUGGGCCUCCCUGGUGAAUCUGGAACUCUCAGUGGUGAACAGGUACAAUAAUGAGUAUUUAGAAGAGGAUAUACUGAUAGCUAUCAAGGUUAGCUUUAAACAUUGUAAAUAAUAAUAAUUAAAACCGAAGCACUGAGUCUAAUAUACUCAAAAAGUACAUUUUUACUUACAGUUUUUUAUUUUUAACAUUUCAUUUUCACCUGGCUGUACAAUUACAUUAUUUUUAUAUAAUUUGUUGUAAAAACGAAAUAAUUUAAUAUUUUAUUAACAUAGAAUUGUAUAUACAUUUAGUUUAUUUAAUCGCACUUUUGAGGAAAAAGCGUUCUAAAGGGAAAUACGUUAAUGUUCCACAAUUAUUUAAAAAAAGCAUUAAAAAAAACAAACAAAAAUACAUGUUUGCUUUACUUAUUGUACUGGCUCACAAUGCAUCUUGUAAGCCCCAAUGAGUACCUUCAUGGGGGCAGGGUAAUAAGGGAAGAGCUAUAACACCUCUCCAGAGAUGGAUACCAUUUCUGUUUGUUACCAUGACACACCAUGUAAAUUGUAUAUAUUUUUGUGGAUGUUUUUGGCAGGAAGAAUCGGAACUGGAGCAGUACUGUUGUUUAUUACCCAAGCCUGCAUACAGAGUUAAGGGGAGUAUGUACAGUAGAGUGAGUUCCUGUGCAUGGCUUUUUAAAAGGAGAGUGUGAACUGGUGCUUCUCAGCAAGUUCCUCAUGUUCAGGCUUCGGAAUUCUCUAAGGAAGGCCCAGACAAUUUUCUGCCAUUUUUCUCCAAAUUCACUUGCAGUUAUGCUUACUCCUGCUUGUUGUUCAGGUGGCACAAAUGUCUUACUAUAUUAAUGCUCUGUAAUGCGAAUGGCCGUACAGUCAUUUUGAACAAGGUGCUUAUGUGAACAUCUUUUAUGGUAUCAUUUGCAAACAUUUAUAAAAAUACAUUAAAUUCAUUAUAAAAAUUG